AUGGACGGCAGUCAAGUUCCAGCACAGGCCCCGCCGCAGCCUAUGAUUCCGCAGCAUUCGAACCUUAUCCGCACCGACCAGGUGCAGAAACUACCGCAUCUGAACGACCAGCAGAAGACUCAGCAUACGCAGCUCGUGCGCAAUUUCUGGGAGGUCCUGAAUAGUCGAGAUCCGAAGAGCUCCGAAUAUCAGCAUGCCCAUACCCGACUCACUCAGAUAUCUCAGAAUCUGAUGAAGGGCAUGCGGGCCUUUCAACAGAAUCGCCAACUACAGCAGCAGCAGCUCCAGCAGUCAGCAGCGGCGCAGGGUGGCCAGCCGGUCGCCCGUGCGCAGUCGGUCAACCCUCAGACGUUUGCCCAGCUUCUCCCUCAAAUCCAGCAGAAAGUCAACAGCCUGCACUUCUUCCUCCCUCCGAACAUCAGCCACGAGCAGGCGCAGACAUGGCUUCCGGAAGCCAAAUUGCGAUACGGAAUCGCGCUUCAAAAACAGGAGAUUGGCCGGGCGCGAGCCAACGACCUACGUCAACAGUUCGCCCAGCGACAGGCAUCCGGAAGUCUGUCACAAGACGAUCUGCAGGAUUUCAAGACUCGACAGGUAGCGGCGGAGAAGCUUUACCGGGAGGGCGGUGACUUCUUGACCAAAUUCAAGGAGCAGCAGGAGAAUUUCAAGGCGCAGACCCAUCGAACGGGGGUGCAGAAUGGCUCAGGUCCUACGCCAGGUCCGCCUACUGCUGCGCCGGCUGCCGCGCCGAAUGCAGGUCCCGCCGGACCAGCAAAUGCCCCUAACACGCUGCAUCCCGGACAAGCGCCAACGCCUGCGCCUCAUACCAUCACCUCUGCGGUGAGCGCUGCCCGCAAUCAGGCUGGGCAGGUGUCGAUGUCCCCAUCCACUUCUCAACAAGGUCAAACACCUAAUGGCCAAGCCCCGGGUGCUGUUCCUGCUGUCCAGGGUAUCCCUCCGCAGCAACCACCUCAGCAACCGCAGCCUGUGCAAGCCCAGUCACAGCAGGCCACCCCGGCAUCACAGGUCACAUUCACUCAAGUGCCUGGUCUGGAUGGUUCCACUCCCACCCCUACAUCCACACAAUCAGUCACCGUGCAAGGCCCCCCACGCCCUUUGUCCCAGCAGGCUGCGAUGGCCCAGGCCGCUCAGAACUAUUCCAACAGCAAUGGCAGUAGCACUCCUCCGAAUACGAUGAAUCAGCAACAGCCCAUGACGCAAGCUGUGAAUAAUUCUCAUGCGCAUCCCCAAGGCUACAUCCCCAAUCGGUCCACUGAAAAUUCCGCACGCAAUAUCAACAUGGCUAUUCCCAAGAACUUGAACGUUCCUCCCCCUGAGCCAGUCAAUAUGGCACCCUCUCGGCCAACUUUAUCCGGGGGUCCCAGCCACGGGGCGAUGGGUAUGAUGGGCCAGCCUGCGAUCCAGAAACAUCCUGGCUAUGUGCUUGAAGGUGAAGGCCAGCGCGUACUCAGCAAGAAGAUGCUUGAUAUCUUGGUUCGCCAAGUCACUGGAGGGGGUGAAGGCGAGGGGCUUACCCCAGAUGCUGAAGAGUUCAUCAUUCAAAUGGCUGAUGAUUUUAUCGACGACGUCAUCACCGCCGCCUGUCGUCUCGCCAAACUCCGCCCCUCGUCUACUCUCGAGAUGCGUGAUAUCCAGCUCGUCCUCGAGCGCAAUUACAACAUGCGCAUUUCCGGAUUCUCCACCGAUGACCUCCGCACUGUGAAAAAGCCUCAACCCACUCAGGGGUGGACUCAGAAGAUGUCCGCCAUUCAAGCCGCCAAGGUCACCCAAGGCAAAGCCGAAUAA